AUGCAAUUUCAACCAGAUACAAAUGCAUUAGAUAUCAAUGAGUUCCUGGACAUGGUCCCAGUUGGCUCAGUUGAGCAUUCUUGUGAAGAUUCUGGCAGUAAUAAGAUUUCAGCUGUUGAAAGUGAAACUAAGUGCAUUUAUACUAUAGAGGGUGUUGCCAUUAAGGACAGCGGAUCAUGUAGCGACUCUGAUGCAGAAGUGGUCCAAGGACAGGUAAUGGAAGCUUCUGAGCAUCUUGUAGUUUUCUUUUGCAAGCUUGAGCCAGGCUUUUGUGUUGGUGAGUUGCUUGAGGAGAAUGUUGAUUGUGGGGAUGAUUUCCCUGUAGUUUCUGCUGGCGAUCAUAUCUACAGUUUGUUCAACAUUGAAGAACCAAGCAAUCAGAGCAAUGCAGUCGGCAGUGAUGAUACUUUUGGAACGGGCAUUAAAAGGAGGACUCGGCAGCCCCAAAAUCAAUUACGUGCCCAAAACUUUGAAACUCAGGGAACUGCUAUGAGAUGA